CAAAAUUUGACAUAAUUCAAAUAAUAAACGGUCUAGUUUUUCUCAGUUUUCAUGUAGUUUUUUGUUGGGAAUUGUAGGAUAUUUUCAUUUUUUUUUCUUUCAGGAUCUACAAAAAUAUUCUAAAAUACCAUACAAGUGAGGCUUAUAUGAUUAUAAGCUUAAAAUUAAGGUCUCGUACUAGAUUCUUGGUCCAAUAGAAAAUUCCAUAUUGUUCGUGAUAAAAUGUACAUAGCAUCUUCCUCAACCUCUGUCAAAUUUCAUUCCUUCCCCGAAGGUGACUUAGUGUACAACUACCAGCCAGGUUCCAAAGUUGAUGGACCAGUUAGAAGCAUUUCAUGGAGUAAAGAUGGGAGUUGGUUAUCGGUAGUACCAACAUCGGGUCUUCCAGAAAUUAUAAGCGUUAGGAACCACCUUAAAUUAAUACACACAAUCGUCGACGUAGAUGAGCCGUCCUGCACGGCCUUCCAAAAUACAACCAAGAAGUUUAUAGCAUUUGGAACGAAAAAUGGGCAGGUCCUAAUUUACGAUGUUAAACAGAAGAAGAUAAAGAACAGGUUUCCCAGAGCUUCUUCCUUGAUAUCUCAUAUUGAAUUCACGGCUAGGGAUACUCACUUAGUGGCAGGUUGUCUUAAUGGGGAAGUACAUUUGUAUAGCAACCUGACGCAUGCAUUAUCGUCUACUUUGAAGGUUCCUAAGUCUGAAAGUGUAAGUGCUCUCAGAACUAAUCCCUUGAAGAGGAAUUUUAUCAUCGGUGGAAGUAACGAGGGAGUGGUGGUUGUUUGGGAUAGUAACAUAAAUAAGCACAAGUUCUUCGUCGAGUCCCAUAAAGCACCAGUGACUGGAGUCGCGUUUUCUCCUAAUAAUCCGGAUUUGAUCAUAUCUACAGGUGCGGAUAGGCAGUUUUUCUGCUACGACAUCAUUUCGAACAAAUGCAUAGCGAGCGUACCGGUGAAUAACAGCAUGACUGCUGUGGAUUUCUCCCACGACGGCACCCACUUCGUCCUGGCCUCUCAAGAGGGCAACAUCAGUCUGUACGACUCCAGGAGAAUCCUAGAACCAGUUCUUGUCUUUGAGGCUCACAAAAGCACCAUAAAAAAUGUCGCCUUUCAAAAGCAAGAGAUGGUCAAUUCUAAUAGUAGCCUGUUGGAGGACCUGGCCGUUUCCGAACGAAACUCGAAAAACGACGAGGAGAUCGUCCAGAACGUAUCGUUCGGGAAUCUCCUGCCCAACAGUCCAGAGUCGGGUGAUGUGCCGGAUUGUAAUAAAGGGUCUGGUUCGCCCAAUGUUGUGGAUUCCUUCAUGGCUGGUUUGGGCUUAGAUGGGGGAUUAACCAGCAAAUAUGACCAUUCUACAAACGGAGAUGGUGACAACUGGGGCGAUUGUAAUUCGUAUAACAAACAGCCAUGCGAAAACACAAACGAAGAACCGGAAAGACUGAGCCUAUACAAAAGGAGGUCUUUGAGUAUGAAACAAGCGUCCACUUCCACACCGACCUGUCCUCAAGUCACAGUAUCGAAAUUGGAACCCGUUAUGUCGCCCAUAGUGAACCACGGUGCGGAUAUCAAAAACAAUAACGAGAAAAACGUCCCAGUAUCCUUUGAUCACGUUAAAGAAUUGGUAGAGGAAGCCGUCAGAAAUGAAAUAAGCGAGAAGUUCAGUGCUUUCACCAAGGAAAUGAAAUAUCAGUUUUCCAGUACGAAUGCGCAGAUGAGAAGGAUGCAUCUGGACAUGAUGAUGGCGAUGAUGAAGGAUUUCAUCAAGAUGGAGAACAGUAUGAACGUUUUGCGGGAGGAUCUCGCUGCAAAUUCACCUUUAUCCGAUAAUUAUUUGCUGGAUGAGAAUUUGAGGUUGAAAAAGCAGAUUGCGCUUCUCGAAGAGCAGUUAUCGAAGGCAGAUUUGGAUAAAUAGUGGCAUCAAGGGGACCAUCUAACUUGGCUGUGAAUAUUUUUGGUACAUAUUUUACUCAUAGGACACAAUAUUUAUACAUGAAAGGUCGAUUGAAUAAAAACAUUUUGGCACA